AUGGACGCAGCAGAGCCGGGGUUCUCCCCGGCUCCCGAGGGCAGGAAAAGGUACAGUGACAUCUUUCGGAGCCUGGACAACCUCGAGAUCUCACUGGGGAACGUGACCCUUGAGAUGCUGGCUGGAGACCCUGUGCUUUCAGGAGACCCUGAACCUGACAAGGCCCCAGCAGCCACUGUGACCAGUGAAACCAGUUGUUGGAGCAACCCCUCCUCAGAGAGUCCUGUAUCCCUCACAGGGGAGGAACUGGACUUGCGACUGAUUCGGACCAAGGGAGGUGUGGAUGCGGCCCUAGAGUAUGCCAAGACAUGGAGUCGCUAUGCCAAGGAGUUGCUGGCCUGGACUGAGAAGAGAGCCAGCCAUGAGCUGGAGUUUGCCAAAAGCAUCAUGAAGAUUGCAGAGGCAGGCAAGGGGUCCAUCCAUCAGCAGAGCCACAUGCCACUACAGUACAUUUACACACUGUUUCUGGAGCAUGACCUUACACUCGGAGCCCUGGUGCAGGAGACGGUGGCCCAGCAGAGGAGAGACUACUACCAGCCCCUGGCAGCCAAACGCACUGAGAUUGAGAAGUGGCGGAAGGAGUUCAAGGAGCAGUGGACCAAGGAGCAGAAGCGGAUGAAUGAGGCAGUGCAGGCGCUGAGGCGGGCCCAGCUCCAGUAUGUCCAGCGCAGUGAAGACCUGCAGGCCCGCUCCCAGGGGUCCCCAGAGGACCCGGCCCCCCAGGCCUCUCCUGGGCCCAGCAAGCAACAAGAGCGGCGGCGGCGUUCACGGGAGGAGGCCCAGGCCAAAGCUCAGGAGGCCGAGGCACUGUACCAGGCCUGUGUCCGUGAGGCCAAUGCACGGCAGCAGGACCUGGAGGCCGCCAAGCAGCGGAUCGUGUCCCAUGUGCGCAAGCUGGUGCUGCAAGGGGACGAGGUGCUCAAGAGGGUGACCCUGGGCCUGUUUGGGCUGCGGGGUGCUCAGGCAGAGCGUGGCCCCCGUGCUUUUGCGGCCCUCGCCGAAUGCUGCGUGCCCUUUGAGCCGGGCCAGCGCUACCAGGAGUUUGUGCGGGUGCUGCAGCCCGAGGCCCCGCCACCCCCGCCUCCAGCCUUCUCUUUCCAAGAGUUCGUGCCUGCGGUGCACAGCUCCCCUCUGGACACUAGAAAGAAGCUCUCAGGCCCCCUGCCUACCCAUCUGGAUGAGGGUGCAGCUGAGCCAGGCCCCUGGGAGGACAUGGGCCCCCGCUGGCAGGGGACCCCAGGCCCCACCCCAGGUAGCGAUGUGGAAAGCGUGGGUGGUGUCAGUGAAUCUCGGUCCCUGGACUCUCCUACUUCUAGCCCAGGCCCUGGCUCGAGGCGGCUGGUGAAGGCCUCAUCCACAGGCACCGAGUCCUCAGAUGACUUCGAGGAGAAAGAGCCUGACCUGGGAGAUGGACUAGAGAAUGGGACAGCCAGCCACUUUAGGAAGUGGACACUAUCCAGUGCGGCACAGACCCACCGACUUCGGCGGCUGCGGGGCCCAGCUAAGUGCCGAGAAUGUGAGGCCUUUAUGGUCAGCGGGACGGAGUGUGAGGAGUGUUUUCUGACCUGCCACAAGCGCUGCCUUGAGACACUGCUGAUCCUCUGUGGACACAGGCGGCUCCCAGCACGGACCCCCCUCUUUGGAGUUGACUUCCUGCAGCUGCCCAGGGACUUCCCGGAGGAAGUGCCCUUUGUGGUGACCAGGUGCACGGCGGAGAUAGAACAUCGCGCCCUGGGUGUGCAGGGCAUUUACCGGGUCAGUGGGUCCCGGGUCCGCGUGGAGCGGUUGUGCCAGGCCUUCGAGAAUGGGCGCGCAUUGGUGGAACUGUCAGGGAACUCACCUCAUGACGUCUCGAGUGUCCUCAAACGGUUUCUCCAAGAGCUCACCGACCCUGUGGUCCCUUUCCACCUCUACGAUGCCUUCCUCUCUCUGGCCAAGACUCUGCAUACAGAUCCUGGGGACAACUCUGAGACCCCCAGCCCCAGCCUUGAGGUCAUCCGCUCACUCAAGACUCUCUUGGUGCAGCUUCCUGACUCUAACUACAAUACCCUGCGGCACCUGGUGGCCCAUCUGUUCAGGGUGGCUGCACAGUUUGAGGAAAACAAGAUGUCUGCCAACAACCUGGGCAUUGUGUUUGGGCCGACGCUGCUGCGGCUGCCGGGUAGUCCAGGGGCAGCUGGCACCGGCCCAGUUGCCUGCCUGCUGGAUUCAGGGUACCAGGCACAGCUGGUUGAGUUCCUCAUCACACACUAUGAGCAGAUCUUUGGGAUGGACGAGCUGCCCCUGGCCACAGAGCCCCCAUCCCACCAGCCCAGCCUGGGCCCUGGGGCCCUCACAGCCAGCACCCAGCCAGUGCCCACACAGCUCAUCCCAGACCCCCUGCCCCCAGCCCUAGCCUCAGAGCCAGGCCCAGAUCCUGAGCCUCAGAGUGCCCUGGAAAAGCCUCCUGAGGCUACACUCCCUGAGACUCCAACCCCGCAGAGCGACCAGAGAGAGGAAGUGGCCCCAGACACCAGAGACAGGGGAGGCAAAGCACCCAGCCGAGGUCCAGAGGACUCACUCUUGGGAGCACAGUCCCGUGGCCACUUCAGCCGCCAGCCUGUGAAGUACCCUCGAGGGGGUGUGCGGCCUGUCACCCACCAGCUGUCCAGCUUGGCCCUGGUGGCUUCCAAGCUGUGUGAGGAGACCACUGUCACAUCAGUGCCCCGUGGGAGCUUGCGGGGACGGGGGUCUGGCCCUGCAGCCGCCUCCCCUGAGGGCAGCCCCCUGCGCCGCAACCCACUGCCCAAGCACUUUGAGAUCACCCAGGAGACGGCCAGGCUACUCUCCAAGGUGCAUGGCAAAGCUGUGCCCACAACCACGUGCUGCAUGGACGCCCAGCCUGAGGCCACUGGCUGUGGGGACCUCCAACCUGAGGAAGUUGAGGACCAUCUCUGA